UCCCGCCCGCUUUAACCUCCUUCAUCUAAAAACUCAGUCUUUCAUUUAGAUCUGUAAUCCUUCUUCUUCUUCUUCCUCUGCUACUGGCUAUUUUCAUCUCUCUCUCUCUCUCUCUCUCUCUUUCUCACGCACUUGCUUCCCAAUUGAAAAAAUGGGGAAGCAAAACAAAUCCAAAACAAACCAAUCCUUAGGAAAGGGAAAAGUGACGCCGAUGCAAGUUGCAUUCAUCGUUGAUCGGUAUCUCUACGACAAUAACUUCUCUGAAACUCGUUCUGUCUUCAGGAAUGAGGCUUCUUCGCUGAUCUCCAAAUCCCCAGUUCAAGAGGCUCCCAAGAGUUUGUUGAGUUUGGGAGCGAUGUUGAAUGAGUAUAUCUGCUUGAAAGAGCAGAAGGUGAUGGUGGAUCAGGAAAGGGUCCGUUUGGAGCAAGAAAAAUUCAGGGUCCAGACCCUUCUGCAGGGUAUGCAAGAUGUUAUGAACGCUUACAAUGCUAGUGGAAGUGCACCAACACCCAUGAUCCAGACCUCUACAACAAGACCUGCGGCUAUGGUUCCUCAACUAGGUCUCACCGGUGGAUCUCUACCAGGGUGUCCUGUGUACACACCGCCAACUGUUAUGCCAGUCUCCAUGCCCUCCAAUGUCAUUAAGGAGCAUGGCAAUCCAUCAUCAUCUGUUACAAAUUGCCCAUUAACGAGGAAGAGAUCAGGCUCAAAUGUUGCAACAGAAGCCCCUCAAAUUUCCAAGAAAUCUCGCGGCAAGUUACCAUACAGGAGAACACCAAAUACAGGUACAUGUAAUCAAUCUGAUAAUGCAGCAAUUACUCAAGAAACUGCUCAACUUGAUAAUGCAGCCACUACAAAAGGAGCAGAUAGGUCAUCUGUGACAGGGUCAUCAACUCAUAACCGCACAACCAGUGGCCCAAUAGUUUAUGGUUCUAGUGUUGCAAAGAGUUUGUUCAAUCAACCUCCGUUUUCCUCUCCAGCUAAUUCAACUGGCCCAAAAACACCGCCACAAGCAGUUUCAUUUCACAAUGAUAAAUCUAUAUCUCCUGUUGGUAUUUCUUCCAAUGCGCACGGCAAUAACAACAAUGCUCCUCAGGAGACUCCUACCAAUUGCACCGUGAUUACAUCAGAAAGAGUGAUAGUUAGCCCGUGCAAACACGUGGCAUACACCAUGGAGAGAAACCAUUGCAUUUCUUCAUCUUCUCCAGUCAAGACAACCUUCAAGAGGUUGAGUAAGAGGGAAAAUGUCAAGGGAAGGCUCGAUUUUGAUGGUUCUGAUGUGACUGCAAACUUGGAUAAGCCCAAUAUUGAUGAGACAUCAACAUCUGAGUCUGACAAGGAAGGAGAUAUUUUUGACAUUGAUUUGCCAAAUUUAGAUGCAUUUGGAGCUAACUUCUUCUCGGAAUUUUUAGUUGAUCUAGAUCUUGGCUUUGAAGGGAUAGGUUGCCCAUGCCAGCCAGCCUUGGGUGCUACUGACACUAUUUCUGGUUCCUCGCAUGAAUCCAAGGAUGGUAAUUUGGGUGUUGAUCAAGUCACGUCAGAAUUUUCCUCAACUGUGACUGAGGUGAUCUCAGAAAAAGAUAUGAACAUUCAAGGUCAUGAUACUUUAACUGCUGUGAAGUCUAUAACAAAAUGCAUCAUCUUAAGCCCUGCAAAAAACCAUAGGAGUUCUAUGGAACAGGAGAAUCAUGCAGAGAGAAAUUGAGAGGUUUGAAGAUUCUGGUGACACUUAAUUAACCUGAACUGGUACCAGUACAGGACUUACAGAAUGAUCCUUAAAUUAACCCAAACCUGCAUUCGUCUUUCAUUUAUUAUCUGAUCAAUCAUUUGUCUAGUCAUGUAUUUCUAAGGUUCUAAAUUAUGCCCACAAAAGCUGGGCAAGCUAACACAGUACACUAUCAGCACCUCAAGUACAACAGCCUGGUUGAACAGUGUUCCUUGUCCAUUGAUUUUAAGUUUCUAAUAGAAAAGCUGUAUCUCAUCACCAUACUGUUCACAUUCUUGAGCACUUCUUUUUUGAUGUUUAGAGUCUCAUUCACGUCUGUUUGUAGUUAAUAGUUAGUGCUUAGCUUUGUAUAUAAGCUGAACACAACACACCACUUUGGCUUAUUGAAUAAUAAUAAAACUGAGGUUUCUAUUGGUUUUGGCAA